UUAUGACAUAAACAAAGUAGCGGGCUUCAACUUCAAUUUGCCACGGGCGUCCGGUGAGAAGGAAGCCGUUAGAAUCUCAGCGUUAACAAUAGGCAUCAUUUUUUUUUUAAAGAGAUGACUGAAAACGACAGACACCGCUUGCAGGUGAUAACAUGUGCGCUGUUUACCCUCGUCGCGUUACCGAUCGAAACCUUGGUUGACUUCAACUCCUGCCCCACUGUUUGUGAUUGCUCAGAACGGAAGACCUACACGAUCUCCUGCUUUGACAUUGAUGUCAUUCCCACAUUUCCUGCAAGCACAGAUACACUGUGGCUUCUGGAGACGCGUCUGAAAUCAGUGCCAGGAGAUGUCUUCUCCAACCUAGUAAACAUAUCAAGGAUAUAUAUAUCAGUGGAUCUGACGCUGAAGAGGCUGGAGAGGCAUUCAUUCUAUAACCUGAAGAAAAUCACCCACAUAGAGAUCCGGAAUGCGAGGAGUCUGUCAUACAUAGAUCCAGAAGCAUUUAAAAACCUUCCAAACCUGAAAUACCUGGGUAUUUUCAAUACUGGCCUCACCAUCUUCCCUGAUCUCACCAACAUUCACUCAGAUGACAUGAACUUCAUACUUGAGAUCACUGAUCAUCCUUACAUCUCUGAGGUCCCAGCCAACUCAUUCCGCGGUAUUACCAACCAAGUGCUGACAGUGAUGCUGUACAGUAAUGGCUUCACAGACAUCCAACAUCAUGCUUUCAAUGGGACCAAACUGGAUGCUGUGUACCUCCAUAGAAACAGGCGUCUGACCAGGAUGGAUGAAAAUAUGUUUUCUGGCACUGUCAGUGGCCCAAUGCUUCUUGACGUGUCCCUGACGGCGGUGUCGUCCCUCCCCACAGCAGGGCUGGAGUCUCUCAGGGAGCUGAAGGCCCGCAGCGCCUGGAACCUCAAGAAGCUUCCGCCAAUCAAAACCUUCAAACACCUGACCACCGCUGACCUCACCUACCCCUCUCACUGCUGCGGCUUCAAGAACCUCAAGAAGAAACGAGGAUACCUGGAGUACAUCAUCUGUAACCUGACAGCAUUCUACGGCCAGCAGCAGAAGAGGUCCGUAGGUCCUCUCACAGUCCCAUCCCUCCAGGGAGACCCCACUGCAGACACAGCUGACCAGGAGCCCAGUGAGGAGGGCUUCAGAGAUGGUGUAUUCAAAGAAACCCAGGGAGACCCCUGGAGAGACUUCCACAGCAGCCUCAACUACCACGCCUACUUCGGUGGGCAGCCGGACGAUGACGUGGGCUUCGGGGAGAUGCUGAAGAACCCGCAGGAGGACACCAGCCAGAACUUUGACAAUCGCUACGACUACGUGGUCUGUGAGGAGGGCGAGGAGGUGACCUGCGCCCCUGCACCCGACGAGUUCAACCCGUGUGAGGACAUCAUGGGCUUCAGCUUCCUGCGUGUGUCUGUGUGGUUUGUGUCUCUGCUGGCUGUAGUAGGUAACAUGGUGGUGCUACUGGUCCUCCUCACCUCCCACUACAAGCUCUCCGUCUCACGCUUCCUCAUGUGUCACCUGGCCUUCGCUGACCUCUGCAUGGGGAUAUAUCUCCUCCUCAUCGCCUCAGUGGACCUUCACACCAAGAUGGAGUACUACAACCACGCCAUCGACUGGCAGACGGGGCCGGGUUGCGGGUUGGCGGGGUUCCUCACGGUGUUCGCCAGCGAGCUGUCGGUUUAUACGCUGACAGUGAUUACGCUAGAGAGGUGGUACGCAAUAACGUUCGCCAUGAGGUUGGACAGGAAGUUGCGUCUGCCCCACGCCACUGCUGUGAUGCUGGCUGGAUGGUUUUUCUGCCUCCUCCUAGCAAUGCUCCCCCUAGUGGGGGUUAGCAGCUACCAGAAGGUCAGUAUCUGCCUGCCCAUGGAUACCCAGUCCACCAUGGCCCAGGUCUACAUCAUCUCAGUCUUGAUCCUAAACAUCCUGGCAUUCCUGGUGAUCUGUACCUGUUACAUGAAGAUCUACUGCGCUGUGCACAACCCUUACUACUGCUCAGGGUCUAAAGACAGUAACAUUGCCAAACGCAUGGCCAUCCUCAUCUUCACUGACUUCCUGUGUAUGGCGCCCAUCUCGUUUUACGCCAUGUCAGCCGUUGUGGACCGGCCGCUUAUCACCGUGUCCAACUCUAAGAUCCUACUGGUGCUCUUCUACCCUCUCAACUCCUGUGCCAACCCCUUCCUGUACGCCAUCUUCACCAAGGCUUUCAGGGGGGAUAUCUUUAUCCUGCUCAGUAAGGUGGGGCUGUGCCAGCGUCGGGCGCAGCUCUUCAGAGGGCAAGCAGUCAGUUCGAAGGGUAGCAGUAGGGUGUGCCAGCAGGUCCAGGGGGGUAAAACGAGAGACACUGACAGGAAGAGGACAGGAGGACCAGAGGAGGUACCCAUUCACCUGCAGGAGUAUUCUGGGUCUGGUCACACCUACAUUCAGCUGGCCUCACAACAGCCCAGUCCUGAGGAAAGCCGUAGCCUGGAAACGUGAUCCCUAACUCAGCCGGGGGAGAUCAGAGAGGACCAUGGUGGUCCCAGUGGCGGUUUGGUUGGUUAGGGGAGAGGAGCCACAGUGAAAUGAAAACUGGAAGCCGGAGGUUAGAGGUGAACUGCUGGGAUACUUUACUCUGCACUUUUACACGUGUUUGAAUGUUUUCAUCAUUUCAGCUGUGAUAUUGUUUUUGCAAUUAAUAUACCAUAUGUUGCAGAAUAUUAUGUGUCGGUGAGAUAUUCUUGUCAAUUGCACCGGAACUUCUUUAGGAUAUGAUAUCCUAUUUUGGCACUUCUGUUGUUGUUAAUUCUAAAGAUUCUAAUUCUAAAGAUUCUAAUUCUAAAGAUUAAGUGGGUGUUGAAACUGUUGCUAAAUAUCAGUUUCAUCACAAAGCAAAGUUUAUUUACACGUUUGAUUAAACUUGAGAUGAACCAAAAUUGGGUCCAAAAACGAAUAAUCUCUGGUGGAUUAUGGUUAUCAUUGAUAUGUCACAUUUAUUCAAUUGAUUAUUCAUACAUACCAUACCAAAAAUGAUAUAUUUAUUUUACAGUAACUGGGACUCUAAAAUAUUUUCACUACUUACAGAGCUAAAGAAACAGGAGAACUUGGGUCUGAAAUGUGAUAUUUUAAUCCUCAAACUUCACACCUUUGAAAGUGAAAAGUACCAGAGAUUCCUGUGAGACUCCUGGAUAUUGUCCUGGUACUGUAUUACAGAUCAGCCCCAGUGCGAUUUAAAAACUACACCCGACUUCAGACAGGGAAAUACUGCAUGUCUAAAUGCUCCACAAUAGCUGUGUACACUGAGUAUACAAAACAUUAGGAACCAAAUAUUGAGUUGCAUCCCCCAUCCCCUUUUGCCCUCAGAACAGCCUGAAUUCAUCGGGGCAUAUUGGACUCUACAAGAUGUUGAAAGCGUUCUACAGGGAUGCUGGCCCACGUUGACUCCAAUGCUUCACACAGUUGUGUCAAAUUGGCUGGAUGUCCUUUGGGUGGUGGACCAUUCUUGAUACACACGGGAAACUUAGUAUAAAAAGCUCGGCAGCGUUGCAGUUCUUGACACACUCAAACCGGUGUGCCUGGCACCUACUAUUGUACCCUGUUCAAAGGCACUUAAAUAUUUUGUCUUGCCCAUUCACCCGCUGAAUGGCACACAUACACAAUCCAGGUUUCAAUUGUCUCCAGGAUUAAAAAUCAUCUACACUGAUUUGAAGAGGAUUUAACAAGUG